AUGGGAGAGAAUGCUGGUGCUGAUCAGGUCAAGGAGAGUCUGCUUCAACUGAAAUGUCACUUCACGUGGAGCUUGCUGUUUGAAGACGCUGACAUUCCUGAUUUGGAAAUGAGAAUCUCAGAGCAGAUCGAGUUCCUAGACAUCAUGAGCACAGUGGGGAUGCACAACCUCCUGGCCUACGUGAGACAUCUGAAAGGCCAGCAUGAGGGAGCCCUGCAGAGCCUGAGAGAAGCAGAAGCCUUGGUCAGGAGAGAGCAGUUGGGCAAGAGAAGUGUAGUGACCUGGGGCAACUGUGCCUGGGUGCAUUACCACAUGGGCAGCUUGGCAGAAGCCCAGAGCUACCUGGACAAGGUGGAGAAUACUUGCAAGGAAUUUGCAAGUCCCUUCCGCUACAGGAUGGAGUGUGCCGAGAUGCACUGUGAGGAAGGCUGGGCCUUGCUGAAGUGUGGAGGACAGAAUUAUAGACGAGCCAUGGCCUGCUUUGCAAAAGCUCUGGAAGCUGAGCCUGAAAACCCCGAAUACAACACUGGCUAUGCUGUAGCUUCCUAUCGUGAAGACAAUGAUGACAAUAAUAUGUCUCUGGAACCCCUGAGGAAGGCUGUCAUGUUAAAUCCAGCAGAUCCAUACAUUAAAGUUUAUCUUGCCCUGAAACUUCAGAAUGUAGGAGAAACAGAUGAAGCAGAAAGACACAUUGAAGAAGCCCUCAGUAGCGAUUCCUGUCGAACCUAUGUCUUUCGUCAUGCAGCCAAGUAUUACCGCAAUAAAGGGUGCAUAGACCAAGCUCUCCAACUACUAAAAGAGGCCUUGGAAUCAUCAGGUGACUCUGGCUACCUGCAUUUCCAAAUAGGGCUCUGUUACAAGCAACAAAUGAUCCAACUGAAGACUGUGCCUGCUGAGCAGGACAGCAUGGAGGAAAAGGCACAACGGGCCAUCUGUGAAUUUCAGAAGACUGUGGACCUGAGGCCCACAUUUGAGAUGGCUUACGUUUGCAUGGCUGAAGUGCAGGCAGAAAUUCGCCAAUAUGAAGAAGCUGAGGCAAAUUUCCAGAUGGCGUUGAACAUGCAGAACCUUAGGGGGCACAUAAAGCAGGACAUCCAUUUCCGCUAUGGCCGUUACCAGUUAUUUCAUCAAAAAUCAGAGGACAUGGCGAUCACCCACUACUUAAAAGGUCUAAAUAUAGAAGAACCGUCCUAUGCCUGGAGGAAACUACUCAUAGCUUUGGAGAAAGUGGCUGACAAAAGAAUUAAAAAGGAAGUUCGACUUGUGGAGAGCACCAGCCUCCUUGGGUUAGUGCACAAGCUGAAAGGGAACAUGCAAGAGGCCCUGAUGUACUAUGAGAAGGCUCUGAGGCUCACUGGGGAGAUAAACCCUGAGUUCUGA